AUGCCCGGCGGCAGCGCGGCGCCCCCGCCCGGCGGAGACCCGGAGCUGGCCGGCAGCGGCGGAGCGGGCAAGCCCCGGCGGCAGGCGGAGGAGGCGGCGGGCGGCUCGGCGCUGCCCGGGGCCGUGCGGGCGCUGGAGCUGGCCGAAGCCCGGCGGCGGCUGCUGGAGGUGGAGGGCCGGCGGCGGCUGGUGCUGGAGCUGGAGAGCCGGGUGCAGCAGCUGCACCGCGUCUUCGUGCAGGCAGAGCUGCGCAUGGCCGGCCGCGCCGAGAGCCUGGCCCGCCUGGGCAGCGGCGCCGGCCAGGCCCAGAUCUACCUGGCGGCCCACGGGCAGCGCCUCAAGAAGAGCCUGCGGCGCUCCCGCAAGGCGCGGCCGCCCGCCCUGCUGGCCUCGGCGCUGGGCGGCUGCGUGCCCUGGGCGGCGGGCAAGCUGCGCCGCGGCCGGGCGGAGCCGCCCGAGUCCCCCUUCAAGAGGAGCCUGCAGGGGCCGCCUGGGCAGCCCCCGGCCUGA